AAACCCCUUGAAGAGACAUCAUCCGCCCGUCUGCACUCUGCCGGCCAGGCCCUGUCUGCUCCCCUAUUCACCAUGCCCACUCCCUACAUGGCACUAUGCGCGCUCGCCUCGUCGUUGUGUCCGCGCUCGUUGCCAAUACUGCGGCUCGUGUGCGUACGUUCUGUUCGCACUCAAACACGCCAUAUACGUGCACGCGCCCGCGUGCGUCACGUUCGUACUCGUGUGUGUCUUGUUCGCAUUAUGGUCGUGCCCGCGUCGUCUUGGUCGUUGCGCUUGUGCCUGCGACCGCUGGUUGCACCUGCUCCCCACUGGCGCACAUCGCGCGGGCGGUGCUUGCCUGUGUUUGUUGCGUACGGGGAAGAACAGGGUCAGAGAACACACCUAGCCUCGAGUCACAGCUGAAGUGCAAGUGGGCAACUGGAACUUAGGUGCGGCGAUCCAACUGCGUGACGUGUUGAACAGGUUUAGGGCAGACAGUGACCCUAGUGGCAAUUGCAGCGGAAAGAUAUGUACGGCAGAAUCUGACAGCUGGGAUGUAUACGCGUUGGAUGAUGCUUAUAGAGUGCUCGCAAG